UGUCCGAUUCGUACCCCGUUUUGUAUCCCGAUUGAAGACCGUCACUUUCUUUGAAACCUUCCUCUCUUUUGCUUUCUCUGCACACAUACUCUCUCUCUCUCUCUGAGGAUUUCUUAUGGACUACGACUUCAGGAACAGGCCCGGUCCACCCUACGAUUCGCAAAUCCCGAUGUACCGUCAGUCCUCGUCAUCAUCAUCGGCGCCAAGCCAUCCGUUGUACGGACCGCCAUCGUCGACUUCGUCGUCGUCGUCGGCUAUGUACCCGAGGAUAGGUCAAUCUUCUGCGCAUACCUCUGUUCCACCCGUAGGCCGUCCUUUUCCUCACCACCAGACGACCUCCCCUUCUCCUUCAUCAGGAGUGGGCAUUCGAGUUGCUAUAAAACCUGAAUAUCGAAUCACUCCACCACCUCAACUACUACCACAAAUAGGUGACAUACCCCACAGUAAUUUCCAAUAUGAUUUUGAUUUUGAGAGAAAAGUUAUAGCUGAAGCAGAGAAAGAAAACCAAAAUUGGAGCAGGCUUGGGUUGGAAAACCUUCCAGCUAGGACUACGUCAUCAGCAUCUUCAGUGGGCACUUCUGUGGAUCCUGUAGUGAGCAAAUAUAUUGCUUCAGGGCUUAAUCGAGAAGCUGUUCCUCUUGCUGUUGCACAUUACGGAGACAAUCCUACCAAGGUUCGGAGUUUUGUCAAUGGCUACACCCUUCUACGAGAAAUGGGGUUUUCAUCGAACAGUGUGGCUGAAGCCUUAGUCAUGUAUGACAAUGACACUGACAAAGCAUUGGCACAUUUCCUUAACAGCUCAUCCUGAGCAUUCUGUCAAUCAUGGAGGAUAAAGCGAUUGUUUGCUACAAAGUUGUUUUCUCUUGGGUUGUAUUGUGCUUUCACUUUAUCCUGAUUGUAAAAAGCGUUUCUAGCAGUCAUACCCUGUUAAACGUGUCAUAAAUUCAUUCUAAUUGCUUAGUUAUGUCACGAUGUUGAAUUCAUCUAUAUAUAAUUAAGAUUUGCAGAUAUGCAAUUGAAGGGGCA